CCUUCACCUUCACCUCCAGUUUCUACUUUCUCUGUCUCCCUGGUAGUUCCAGCUUCAACCAUGAGGAAGAGAAUUGAAGACACCCUCGCUGCUCACCGCAAUGAACUUGUUUCUCUUCUCUCUAGGUAUGUUGAUCGAGGAAAUGGGAUACUGCAACCUCAUCAAAUGAUAAACGAGCUAGAAAACGUGAUUGCAGAGGAUGAAGGAAUGCAGAAGCUCAAGGAUAGCCCCUUCAGUAUAGUCUUACAGUCUGCGCAGGAAGCAAUUGUUCAAACUCCUUUCGUGGCUCUUGCACUUCGUCCAAGACCUGGUGUAUGGGAAUAUGUUCGUGUUAAUGUGUAUGAGCUCAGUGUGGAUCUUUUGAGUGUUGCAGAAUAUCUCCGGUUCAAGGAAGAACUUCUGGAUGGAGAGUGCAAUGACAAAUAUGUGCUUGAACUUGAUUUGGAGCCAUUUAAUGCAACAUUCCCUCGACCAACCCGCUCAUCAUCAAUUGGAAAUGGGGUUCAGUUCCUUAACCGUCACUUAUCUUCAAUUAUGUUCCGUAACAAAGAAAGUUUGGAGCCUCUUCUCGAUUUCCUUCGUACACACAAACAUGAUGGACAUGCAAUGAUGCUAAAUGAUAGGAUUCAGAGCAUACCCAGACUUCAGUCUGCUUUAGCAAAGGCAGAGGAAUAUCUUUCUAAGUUACCGGCAACUACACCAUAUUUUGACUUUGAAUUUGACUUACAAGGAAUGGGAUUUGAGAGAGGGUGGGGUGACACAGCACAACGGGUAUCAGAGAUGGUUCAUCUUCUUUUGGAAAUUCUUCAGGCUCCUGAUCCAUCUACACUGGAAACUUUUCUUGGAAGGAUUCCUAUGGUGUUCAAUGUUGUUAUUGUGUCUCCACAUGGCUACUUUGGCCAAGCAAAUGUUUUGGGUUUGCCUGACACUGGUGGGCAGGUUGUUUAUAUACUGGAUCAAGUACGUGCCCUGGAGAAUGAGAUGCUUCUUAGAAUACAAAACCAAGGACUGGAUGUAAUUCCAAAAAUUCUGAUUGUUACCCGACUGAUACCUGAUGCAAAAGGGACAACAUGCAACCAAAGAUUGGAAAGAAUCAGUGGCACAGAACACACACAUAUCUUGCGGGUACCUUUCAGAACUGAGAAUGGAAUUCUGCGGAAAUGGAUUUCAAGGUUUGAUGUGUGGCCGUACUUGGAGACCUUCGCAGAGGAUGCCUCAAAUGAAAUAGCUGCUGAGUUGCAGGGUGUUCCAGAUCUGAUCAUUGGAAACUACAGUGAUGGAAAUCUUGUUGCAACUCUGUUAGGAAAAACCGACUUCAAUGCUGCCAUGCAUAAGCAGCAAUCUAUGAUCUUAGUGGAUAUCCAAACUCCAGGUGUACACAUAAAGAGACCACUUACAGUUUUUGGCUUUGAUGAUGCACCUCAUGGGCAUGCAGAAGUACUAUUUGAGAAUGUAUGUGUCCCAGCAAAGAAUAUUCUACUAGGAGAAGGACGUGGGUUUGAGAUUGCACAGGGUAGACUAGGCCCAGGAAGGUUGCACCAUUGCAUGAGACUGAUGGGAGCUGCUGAGCGUGGCAUGCAGAUAAUGGCUCAAAGGGCUCUUAGUAGAAAAGUUUUCGGGAAGUUGAUUGCUGAACAGGGCUCAUUUCGUUCAGAUAUUGCGAAGUGUCGAAUAGAGCUAGAGAAAACCAGAUUGUUGGUUCUGGAGGCAGCUGAUCAACUUGAUAGACUUGGAAACAAAAAGGCCCGAGGAACUUUAGCAAUGGCAAAGGUAGCAGCCCCAAACAUGGCGCUGAUGGUACUUGACAUGGCAAUGCAAGUGCAUGGCGCUGCUGGCUUGUCGUCCGACACUUGUCUGGCUCAUCUUUGGGCCACGGCAAGAACACUGAGAAUAGCAGAUGGUCCAGAUGAAGUCCAUUUGGGUACUAUUGCCAAGUUAGAACUUCAGAGAGCUAAACUCUGAAACUCUCAGGACAAAA